GCCCGCCCCAGCCCGCCGCCCGGGAGGGACCAUGCCGCGCUCCUUCCUGGUGAAAACGCACUCCAGCCACAGGGUCCCCAACUACGGGCGGCUGGAGACGCAGAGAGAAAUCAAUGGCGCCUGCUCUGCCUGUCGGGGGCUAGUGGUGCCCCUUCUCCCCCAAGACAAGGAGGCCCCUUCUGUGCCUGGUGACCUUCCCCAGCCCUGGGACCGCUCCUCGGCCUUCGCCUGCAUCUCCCUGCCCCUCCUGCCACAGCUCGAGGAAGCUCUGGGGGCCUCAGAACCAGAUGCUCUGGAAGUCAGUGGGGUUGACCCUCGGGCCAGCCGGGCCCCCAGUGUACCCCUCAAAGACAGUCUGAACCAUCUCAACCUGCCCCCACUGCUGGUGCUGCCCACACGGUGGUCCCCAAUCCUGAGCCCAGACCAGGACGGGGCUCCAGAAAAACUGCUUGGGGCUGAGCGGGUGCCCCGAGCCCCAGGCGGCUUUGAGUGCCUCCACUGCCGCAAGCCCUACCACACGCUGGCCGGGCUGGCCCGGCACCAGCAGCUGCACUGCCACCUGCAGGCAGGGCGCGUGUUCACCUGCAGGUACUGCGACAAGGAGUACACCAGCCUGGGCGCCCUCAAGAUGCACAUCCGCACCCACACGCUGCCCUGCGCCUGCACGAUCUGCGGCAAGGCCUUCUCCAGGCCCUGGCUGCUGCAGGGCCACGUCCGCACCCACACAGGGGAGAAGCCUUAUGCCUGCUCGCACUGCAGCAGGGCCUUUGCCGACCGUUCCAACCUUCGGGCCCAUCUGCAAACGCACUCUGACACCAAGAAGUACCAGUGCUCGCGCUGCACCAAGACCUUCUCCCGCAUGUCCCUCCUGGCGCGGCACGAGGAGUCUGGCUGCUGCCCCGGUCCCUGAGAGACGCGUGGUUGGCGCAGGUAGGAGGAAUGGGCCUCACCCUGAGAGAUGGUGUCCCUCCUGCCGCCAGAGGAGCCGCGAGUCUGGGAGGACAGGGCUCAGCCUCACACCUGGUGCAUCCGCCACAUCUGUGUCCAAUCAGAACCAAAGAAGUCCAGCAGGGGCCACUGGGGCGGAGAACAUAUCCACGCAGCCCACUCCACUGAGCCCCACUCAGAGGAGACUCCUCUCCCAGGGAAGACUUUAAUCAGAACAAGAGCCCGGUUUCCA